GACAAUUGUGACUACCAGUCAAAAAUCAGCGAAUUUGUCUGGGGGUCAGCAGAACCAAAAAGAACCGUUGCAUCUGCUUGUUGGAUUCCACUUCUGUAUGAUGUGGCUUGUCUGUGUUUCUAUUGGUUUCAUGGCUGGUCUGUGCACCGGCUCGACGCAAAGCCCUUGGGAAGAGAGUACCGUAGUGCCUGUCAGGCUUGACCCAACGGUCUGGCUGGCGAAUGGCACCCAACCGAAGCGAACCUACUCCCUUGAAGAAAAGCAGAAAAUGUCGGAGAUGAAAGUGUACAGGCUGGACGCGUUUGGUCAAGCGAUUAUCUUGCACCUGGAGCCGGCUCAGACGUUACUGUCCCCGGGAUUUGUCUUCCACAUUGUGGGGACUCCCGAAUCCGAGCUGAGUCAGGAACCCAAGCGCGCAGACGAGCACGGUUGUUUCUUCUCGGGCACAGUGUACGAAGAAGAGCACUCCGCUGCUGCGUUAAACCUGUGCCAGGGACUGAGUGGUGGGUUUUACUUUCAAGGGCAAGAGUACUUCAUCAAACCUCUCAACGCAAGUGACUUCUUGAUUGAUGAGGAAAAGGAUGAGGAAGUCCACCUCAUCCGCCGGAGGGCUCGGGCAGAGACGGGUGAGUGUGGGGUCAAUGAGGACGAGGAUCGAGUGCCAACAAAUCUGGAGAAAGAGCCUCAACGUGAAGCCGUCAACAAAAACCAAACAGGCCCCCACAGGACCAAGCGUUUUGUUUCCACUCCUCGCUACUAUCUGGAGAUUAUGCUGGUGGCUGACCAGUCCAUGGCCGAAUUCCACGGUGCCGGGCUCAAGACUUACCUCCUCAACAUCAUGGCGGUGGCAUCUCGUCUGUAUCGCCACCCCAGCCUCCACAACUCCAUCAGCCUGACUGUGGUAAAGCUGCUGGUGGUCUAUGAAAAAGAGCGAGGCCCUCAAGUGUCGUCCAAUGCUGGAACGACUCUCCGCAACUUCUGCCAGUGGCAGCGGCAGUACAAUCCCCCCAGCGACCGCCAGCCUGAGCACUAUGACACAGCUAUCCUCUUCACCAGAACGAAACUGUGUGGUCCCCAUUUCUGUGACCUUCUUGGACUGGCUGACGUCGGUACGGUGUGUGUCCCAGACAGUAGCUGCUCAAUUGUUAAAGAUGACGGACUCCUCACUGCAUUCACCGUGGCACAUGAACUAGGCCAUGUCCUCAACAUGCCUCACGAUGAUGCCCAGAUAUGCUCUGGGGUGAACGGUCCCCACUGGGGCUCCCACAUAAUGGGGUCCACCCUGACCAGUAUUGACCAGCAGCAGCCAUGGUCCGCCUGUUCCGCACUCACGGUCACCACUUUUCUCAACAAUGGCCACGGUCAAUGUCUGCUUGAUAAACCAGUCAAGGCUGAAGCGCUCCCUCCGCCCCAACCCGAGACAGUCUACGAUGGAGACCAUCAGUGUCGGAUGAGUUUCGGUGCCGACGCCAAACAUUGCCCUCACACUCCUAGUACUUGUGCGGCUCUGUGGUGCUUCGUUCGGGCAUUCAACGGUUUGCUGGUUUGCCAGACCAAGAACCUCCCAUGGGCCGAUGGAACGCCCUGUGGGCGCAACAGCUACUGCCUGAUGGGGCAGUGUCUCACAAAGUCUCAAGCUUCCACACAUCAGAUUCCUGUCAAGAGUGGCUGGGGAGUGUGGGGUCCUUGGGGUGACUGCUCUCGAACAUGCGGGGGAGGGGUGCAGUACUCCUUCCGUUCAUGUGUUAACCCUUUGCCGAGCAAUGGAGGCAAUUACUGUGUGGGCAAAAGGGUGCAGUACCGCUCUUGUAACACAAAGCUCUGCCCUGACACCAAUCGCUUGUCAUUUCGGGACGAGCAGUGUCUGGCUCACAAUGACAUGUCAGCCCAAAUGUCUCUUGGAUCAGGCAAUGGUGUUGAAUGGGUGUCCAAAUAUGCCGGUGUUUCACCCAAAGACCGCUGCAAGCUUGUGUGCAGGGCCAAAGGAACAAGAUCCUUCUUUGUCCUCAAAUCCAAGGUGGCGGAUGGAACACCCUGCAGCCCUGAUUCCGCCUCAGUUUGUGUUCAAGGCCAAUGUGUCAGGGCUGGAUGCGAUCGUGUUAUCGGCUCCAACCGGCGUCACGAUAAAUGUGGAGUAUGUGGAGGGGAUGGCUUCACCUGCAAAAGAGUGUCAGGCUCACUGGGGCUCACCAGGCCUGGGUACCAAGACGUGGUGACAAUCCCAGCAGGCGCCACCCAUCUUGACAUCAGACAGCGCGCCCCUGGUAAUGGUCGUCAUGACAAUAGUUACUUGGCAGUGCGCGGACAAAAUGGUACCUACCUGUUGAAUGGUGAUUAUAAGCCAAUGACCAUGGAGACGAACAUCACUCUGCGAGGGGCCCUACUGCGCUACAGUGGUUCUUCUGCCAGUCUCGAGCGGCUCCGCAGCUUUUCCCCCCUCCCCGAGCCUCUCACUAUUCAGGUGUUCUCUGUGGGAGCAGCCCCAAGACCCAGAGUGAAGUACAGCUACUUUGCCCCCAGACCCAAUAACACUGCUUCUUCCAAUAGCAACGGAGGUCGUCGGCAUUCUGUCAAUGCUACCCGAGAGUUGGGUGCUGCUGAGUGGGCUCUGAUAGAGUGGGGUCCCUGCUCCCAGACCUGUGGUGGUGGCAUGCAACAGAUAGAGGUGGUGUGUCUGGAUCCCCAGGGCCAUCCAUCCAAGGAUUGUCCAGAAGAAUUGCGGCCAUUGACCUCACGAGCCUGUGCCUCUCAGCCUUGCCCCUCUUGGCUUCACGGAGAAUGGUCCGAAUGCUCAAAAACCUGUGGCAGAGGUUUCCGAAAACGCCAGCUUCAAUGCAUUGGCUAUGAUGGCCUCACACUGACCCAUGACAGCUGUGACUCCAAAAACCGCCCGCAACCCAUCCUGGAGCUGUGUUAUCAAAGUGUCUGCUAAGGACUGCUUUGACAAUCUGACCUCCUUUUUUUUUUUUUUUGUUCUUUCACUCCCCAUGUCAGAGACUGCAUCAAUACAUUACACAUCCUUACACAAUGUCAGAAAGCACACUGACUGCGUCAAACACUUGGAGCAACAAAGUCUGCCACCUGUCUUUGGAGUGCGGCAGUGGCAUCUCAGCAAGCAUCAUGGACAUUAAUGAGUUAGAUUUCUUCUGGACUAUCAGUCAACAUUUAUUUACCACAAACCUGGAGCACUUCACUUU